AUGCAGCCAGAACAACCCACCGAAUACGAGUAUCUUGCGACCCUCACGGAUCAGAAGGAUAGCGUUCUCUCCCUUUCCUUUUCCCCCGACGGAAAAUACUUAGCUGCAACUGGCUAUGCCGGUGUAUCUAUAUGGGAUACUGGCACGCAGGGUCUCAUGUCCGUGCCUCAGUUGGAAGUCUCCGAAAGAAACGUCGCCGCACGAUCUGUAUGGAUAUCCUUCGAAGGCGAGCGACUGAUCUUCAUCCUUGGUUUCAAAUGUGGGGAUGUCGCUCUGUGGUACUGGGACGAAGAUCAAGAUGCAUUCAUACACGCCAAGCGCUUCCGGUUUGGGCACGAAGAGGCUCGACUUCUUUCAAUGGACGUAUAUCAACCAUCCCUCGAUAAGGAUCAUCCAGGUCGGCUGGCGAUAGCGACGUCUGACAAUCUAGUCACGAUGUGGGCCAUCACCUACGACCUCGACACAAUACGCGGAUUUUCUGUGCCGUUGGAAUCGUCCUGUCGCCCGAAAACAAUCAAAUUCGAUCCCCUGGCCCAUACCCUGGUAGUUUUCUCAGAAUUUGGGGGCUCUAUCGUUCGGAUUGACUGUCAAUCAGGCGCAAGGGUCGGCGCCAGGACGGAUGGUCCAAUCAUCAUGUCGUCGGUUGUGGUUGAUCUCAUCGGGAAGCGCUACGUCGCUCACACUGGGAGAAGCCUGGAAAUCGUUUCGAUGGCCGGACGGCCCGUAUCUCGCUCGAUCCCUCUCGAACAAGCGGACGUGCCUUACACGAUGCAUAGCGCGUUUGGUGAAGGGGGUAAGGUGAUCAUUACGGGGACUGCGAAGGGCCGGGUCCUCGUUUUCGAUACAGAUAACGCGAGAAUUCUCCAAAGUAUGGACUAUCCCAGAGGUGGAUUAGUCCAGUAUGUUUCUACGUGCACCACAGACCUCGACCAUCUCGUGGCAUAUGCCGGGUCAAGCCUGUUGAGGCCUGCGGAUGUCUUGCUAUACCGCAAGGCUCGUGCUCCCAAGACGGGAGGGGAUGCUGGCUCCGCAGGCGGCCGAACAUGCAGGGGGCAUUUGUUGCUCACAGCCCCUUAUUGGAUAAUUAUGCUGGCGCUGUUGCUGCUUCAAGUUUUCAUGUGA